UGGUACUUUAAACGUCACCAGCCUGGUAUGGUACGGAAUUCCCAACUGGAGUCUGGAAAUUGAACAAUUCAGUAAAGACAGUGACUCAAAUGCAGUCCUCCAAUACACACUCUGGUGGCCAAAAUUCGAGUUUCUUUCAGAGUACAGUCUUGAAACAAAUGUGGCGUUGAUUCCUGGAAAGGUUGCCGGAUAUUUGAAUGUCACCUUAGCCAGCACCUCAUGGACUGGUGAAGUCAACUUCACCAAACCAGGUUUCGAUCUAACAGAAGGUAUUGAAGAACUUACUUUGAACUGGAAUGCUGACAAAGUGCAUGUAAGUACUAUAUAUAUCCUAAGUUAUGAUGAAAUGAUGAAAUUGAGUCAUCUUUGUAAGUUAACAAAUGUUAUACGAAUUCACUACUUCGUGAACAAUAUUUCUAGCAUAAUUCAAGUGUUACUGUUUUGUUACAGAAAUGAUAUAUAUCGAAUUCAACUGAAUUGUUAUCUUUUUAUCUCAGAAUACGCCUGACGGGAACAUUUUUUG